AUGGCUCAACGUGUUACUUACAGAAGAAGAAAUCCAUACAACACCCGUUCCAACAAGAUCAAGGUUGUUAAGACCCCAGGUGGUAUCUUGCGUGCCCAACACGUCAAGAAGCUAGCUUCCAGACCAAAGUGUGGUGACUGUGGUGCAGCUCUACAAGGUAUUGCUACCGCUAGACCAAGACAAUACGCUACUCUAUCCAAGACCCACAAGACCGUUUCCAGAGCUUACGGUGGUUCCAGAUGUGCCAACUGUGUCAAGGAAAGAAUCGUUAGAGCUUUCUUGAUCGAAGAACAAAAGAUCGUUAAGAAGGUCGUUAAGGAGCAAACCGAAGCUGCCAAGAAGGAUGCUUCCAAGUCCAAGAAGUCCAGCAAGAAGAACUAA